UUACCCCCCAGUAUAGUCGUAACGAUCUGCUGUAGUAUUGGCAGAUCUUGGCAAGAUAGCUCACCAAAACUAAAUGCCGUUCCGCCUAAUUUAGGUGCGGUGAGACAGUAAAAACAGUGGAUCGUUACAUUCAUACUAGGGGAGGGGUAGUAGUUAAGACAGUGGUGUUAGCUGGCUAUACCUGACGGGGUCGGUAUUUUAUUUAUCUGUCUAGGAGACUAUUUUGUUGUUCUCUUUGUCGUUGGUCUCCAGCUCUUCUUCUUCGUUGCUGAUCGCCAACUCUUCUGUCGAGCUAUACGGGGCACGAUUCUGCACCCCUUACACAAUGACCAACGCCUCUGAUGCUGCUGGUAAUGAGAAAAUGAAAGCCGGAAACGAAAAGGCCAUGGCUGGUUCCGAGACAGAUACGACCUCACCGGCAUCCCCCACUGUCCGCGCAGAGCACGAAGAUGAUUUAGACGAUGCCUUCAAGUAUCUACACGACCAUGCCAAUGCUGAGUCCACAAGCAUCGAUCUAGUUGCCUUGCGACGAAAGAUCGAUUGGCGCAUCGUGCCAAUUAUGUUCGUUUGCUAUGUCUUGCAAUUCGUCGAUAAAGUCGUCAUAAAUUAUGCCGCCGUUAUGGGAAUCAACAAGGAUUUAGCCUUGACCAAGAACAAUUUCACCAACGUCGGAUCCGCGUUCUUCAUCGCCUACCUCAUCGCAGAGGUCCCUACCGGAUAUAUCCUCCAGAAAUUUCCUCCUGGAAAAUGGCUGGGCAUUAACGUGUGUCUCUGGGGGAUCAGUUGUGCAGCGUCCGCAGGAGCAACCAACUAUCACUCUCUUCUCGCCGCCCGUAUCUUCCUCGGAAUGUUUGAGGCUGCUAUCGCCCCGUGCCUAAUGCUGAUAAGCAGUCAGUACUAUACCAAGUCCGAGCAAGCCCCUAGAUUUGCUAUCUGGUAUUCUGGUCUUGGAUUCGGGCAGAUCAUUGGAGGCCUUAUAUCCUUCGCGUUCCAGCAUGUCACGAACAAGCAUUUUAAGUCAUGGCAAGCAAUGUUUGUCUUCGUUGGUAUUGCCACUUCCUUGGUUGGAAUAGCUACAUUCUUCAUCCUACCAGACUCGCCGAUGAAAGCGAAAUGGCUCAGUGAGCCGGAGAAGGCUGCUCUUCUCAAGCAUGUUAGUAUCAACCAAACUGGAAUUCAAAACAAGAAUUUCAAGAUGAGACAAGCUUUAGAAGUUUUGGCAGAUCCCCAACUUUGGCUACUCACUAUUUGCACCAUCUGCAUCUCCGUUUCAAGUGGCGUCAUCACAACUUAUUCUGCAACACUCAUCCAAAGCUUUGGUUUCACCCCCAAGCGCACAGCUCUCUUGAACAUGCCAAGCGGUCUCGUUUCCAUCGCAGCAGCUUUGAUAGUUGGAUUCGGUGUCCGCAAAUCUGAAAGCCGCUGGGCAUGGCUAGUCCUCUGCUGUAUUCCAGGCAUGAUUGGUGGCGGUCUGAUGUCCUUUAUGCCAGCUAGUAAUCGUGCGGGGCUUCUCGCGGGCAUCUACCUUGUCAACGCCAUCACGGGUACAUUAACAGUCAUCUACCAGUGGACUAUGGCAAACGUUAGUGGGCAUACGAAGAGAAGCGUUGCAGCUGCUCUUAUCGCGGGAAGUUUCUCCAUUGGCAACAUUAUCGGCCCGCAAACUUUCCAGGCUAGAGAUGCUCCUCGCUAUUACCCAGCUAAGAUUGCUGUUAUGGCUACACAAGCUGGCGGAGCUGUCGUUGCUAUUGUUUUGUUCGGAUACUACGUCUGGGCUAACAAGCAGAAGGACAAGCGUCAAGCCGUUGAAGAGGGUCUUUCUUUGUCCGCGGGAAAUGAGAAGAUUCUCUGGGAGAAUUUAACUGACAAGGAGAAUCCCAAUUUCAGAUAUGUUUACUAGAUGGCUGCAGCA